AUGCGUUCAACACGAUUUUUGCUAAAUCCAUUAUUUUUCUCGUGGACAGGUAUACCGGUAAAAUUUUGGCCAAACACAGAGAAAAAGCAAAAACAAGAAUUAAGCCCCUUUCCAGUGAUUUAUAAAAGUCAUCCACCUGAUGGUAAAACAAGUUUGGUUUCUGAUGUUGGUAAUCUCUUUCAACAUUUAUUUUAUAAUGGCGAAGUACAUCUGUAUGAUGAUGAGAUCGAUGAUCGAAAUGGACAAAUCAUGAUCCAAGUAGCACUUCGAGUACAUCAGACAUACUCUAGUUUAUGCGCAGCGCGCUAUCUCAAUGAUAAACUUCUUCAUGAUUUUUUCAAUAUAAACCAAUACUCACUUGAAGUAAUUCGACUGAUCAAUGAUCAACCAUGCCCUUAUUUUGAAUAUUAUCCAAUUGAGGUCAGGGGCAGUCGAAUCGAUGAGAUUGUGGUAGAUGACACACCUUCUGAUAAGUGCAUUUCUUGGGAUCAUGGUACCUUCUAUGAAUACAAGCCUUACGAGUAA